UAAGGAACUCCGUUACAACACAGUUCCUGUUCUAAGCAUGGAUAAGCUGAGGUGGGACAUUAUUCUGUGUACAGUGUUUCAGCCUGCGUGAAGAUGAGGGCGACUAUCUGCUGCUGCCUGUUGGCCUUUGUUCUGAGCUUUAAUGUCACCGCAGGAAUAAAUCAUGUAGUAGUCGAGGAGAAGAGCUUUGUCUUUCUGCCAUGUCCUCACCCUGUGGAGGGUAAAGCGACGUGGAGCAGAGAGAUCAACGGAAACAGAGUUGACAUAUUUAUAAUUGAUGGUGAAAGAGAGAUAAGAGGCAAUAACACAGACAGACGAUACGGUUCAGUGGGAGAUAAAUUUAAGUCACUUGUCAUUAGCAGAGUUAAUCUCUCGGACACUGGAAGAUACCUGUGUAAUAAUGAACCAGCUGUGGAGCUGAUGGUGAUCAAACCAGGAGAAACAGCCAGACUCACUGUUGUAGAAAGAACCAACAUCACUCUGAAUUGUCCCUCUGCUGUUUCUGGGUCAAGAGAUCCAACAUGGACCAGAGAAAACCGUGGAACAAACAUCACUGUUUCCAGUCAAAACGAGAUGGAUAAGCACGCUCGAUAUUCAACCACGGAAGAGACGCUGACUAUAACAGACGUGCAGCCUGAUGACGCUGGACUGUACUACUGUGAUGGAAAACCAGUUGUGCAUCUGAAUGUGACCAAAGAUGAGCAGUCUGAGAAAGUUUACUUUGUGCCUCUGGUUGUUUGUGUGGUUCUGAUUGUCCUGCUGUUGGCUGGUUUUCUGCUGCUGCUCUUCAAAUGGAUGAAAAACAGAAACCUCAGAUCUUCAAAAAGCAGAAAUGUGGAGUUAUCUGUCGCCUCCAAGAACAGGACUCCAGUCUCCACGGGUGAAGACUCCACUUACCAGAGCCUCGAUCCUGCCAGCAGGGACCAGGACCAGAUCUACUCCUCACUCACUUAACCUUACAUAACUCCCAGAAAACCACAAAUGGUUGAAUCCUCACACAAACACAAGCUAAGAUCGUUUAGAAAGUGCAAGGAAACGAUUAACUAUUUAGAUGUACAUUUAUACAUACGAUUUAGUCAUGUACUAAUAGUGAGUGUAUAAAUAAAUAUGUACAAACAUUUAUUGAUAUUUUUAAUUAAUGUUUAGAGGUGCAGAAGGUUUUGCAUUGUAUGUUCAAUUGUUACUGACUGCAGCCUCAUUGAGCACAUUGUGAAAGAAUGAAUGAAUGAAUUAUUG